CUCAGACCUUCCUUCGUUCACUGCCCACAACGCUCACCGAAAACUGCAAGAUGGCUCUUCGAUUCACGCUCACUCUGCUCCUGGUCACGAUCCUGGUCGCAGCCAUACUUUUGGGCUCCAGUGAGGCAGCCUACAGGAAGCCUCCGUUCAACGGCAGCAUCUUCGGCAAACGCAACAGCCUAGACUACGACAGCGCCAAGAUGAGCGCCGUUUGCGAGGUGGCCAUGGAGGCGUGUCCCAUGUGGUUUCCCCAGAACGACAGCAAAUAGGACCACGCCCUGCGACUCCGCCU